UUGAAGUGCCGCAAGCCAAGGUUUAGGGUUUAGGGUUCUAGAAGAAUCGCGCCCCGCGCCCUCCCCGCAUUCUCUCCAUCUCCUCGCUGCGGCGGCGCUACAGCAGCAAUGGCGUUCAUGUCGCGGCUGGGCGGUUCUUUGAAAGGUGCGCUCAAGCCAAACAGAUUAGCAGCCGCUGCGCUUCCGGCGACAUACACCUUGAGCCGCGGGUUUUCGUCCAAGCUCUUUAUCGGCGGUCUUGCCUGGGGCACCGAGGAGAGAGGGUUGCGAGACGCGUUCAGUCCCUUUGGAGAGAUUAUAGAAGUGAGAGUCAUCCAGGAUCGAGAGACUGGACGCUCAAGAGGAUUUGGUUUCGUGAGCUACAUUACCGAUCAAGAGGCACAAAAGGCUAUGGAAGCCAUGGACGGAAGGGUCUUGGAUGGUCGCACGAUCCGGGUGAAUUACGCGACGCAGAGGCAGCCCGGUAGCUUUGGCGGCGGCGACGGUGGUGGCUACGGUGGAGGCUACGCCAGCGGUGGCGGGGCAUACGGCGGUGGCGGCUUUGGAGGUGGCGGCGAGGGAGGCCUCGAGACAACCAGUGACGCUCCUCCUGAAGAGGAAGAACAGAGAGCUCCUAUCACCGGCGGUGGCUAUGGAGUGACCACCGGUGGAUUGGGCGCGGCGGCAAGUGGAAUGGAAGCUCCUCCUUCGCAGCCAUCGCCAGGCUAUGGAGUCACGACCGGGGGCUAUGGCGGCGGCUAUGGAGAUUCAUCCUCGAGCUCCGGUGGUGGCGGCUAUGGAGUCUCAAGUAACUCGACCGAGGAAGAAUCCAGAGGCUAUGGUGUAGGUAGUGGUGGUUUCUAGUUUCUAGUUAUGUGUUCUCUCUAUAAUUUAGAGCGGUGGUGCUUAAGUUUGAAUUUAAACAGCGUAUAUUCUCUGGGGUUUAAA